AUGGCGGACGGCAGACACCAGGCUAACCAGCCUGCCUCAAAUGGCUACGACGCCUCCUCUUUAACACAUGAAUUCGAGCAGCUGAUGCGCACCAAACGAUUUAACCGACUUCAAGAUCCUUCUCGCUCACGCACUCUCUCACCAACUCACUCGCCAUCACCGUCUCCAAUGUCCAGUUCAUCGAUCCCUCCACCACCGUCGCGAGCUCCGCCACCACCUCCCUCACCCGGUACUCCUGCCGCCGCUCCUUCAAAGCCAUCCACGACCUCAUCAGCACUACGCGGUCUACCUAUCAUGCCAUCGCCUCCCCAGGAUCCAGCUUCACUUAAAUUUUUCAAUUUAUUGAAGGGUUUAUCAGUCACACCAACCAAAUACGAAAAUCCGGGUCUUUUGGACGAGGCCUUGUGUGUUAUUCCGCUCGAUCGCCUAUAUUCCGAAGCCGAGGAGGAAUCCCAAAUUAUGCAGGCCCAGGCUGCCAGCGUGGCAGGAAAGCCGGAAUGGGGCUACCAAGAUUGCGUGAUCCGAGCAUUGUUAAGAUGGUUCAAGGGGUCAUUUUUCCAAUUCGUUAAUAACCCUCCAUGCUCGAAAUGUCACAUGCCCACGAUCGCGCAAGGCAUGACGCCUCCUACUCCGGAUGAGACCGCCCGGGGCGCAUCCCGAGUCGAGCUGUACCGUUGUUCCGAUACUAGUUGUGCCGCCCACGAACGAUUUCCGCGGUAUUCCGAUGUGUGGCAACUGCUGCAAUCUCGAAGAGGUAGAGUUGGCGAAUGGGCCAACUGUUUUAGCAUGUUCUGUCGCGCAGUCGGAGCUCGAGUCCGUUGGGUUUGGAAUUCCGAGGAUUAUGUCUGGACCGAGGUGUACUCAGAACACCAGCGACGAUGGGUCCACGUUGAUGCAUGUGAGGGCGCCUGGGAUCAGCCUCGCCUGUACACCGAAGGAUGGCAACGCAAGAUCUCUUACUGUGUGGCCUUCUCUAUCGACGGUGCGACUGAUGUCACCCGCCGCUACGUUCGCAACUUCUCUCGACACGGAAGCCCUCGCAAUCGCGCCCCCGAAGAGGUUGUUUUGUGGACGAUUCACGAGAUCCGACGCAAGCGUCGUGAAAACAUGUCGAAGACCGACCAACGCCGCCUGAUCAAGGAGGAUGAGCGCGAAGAAAAGGAACUCCGGUGCUACAUGGCAUCUGCUCUGGCAGCAGAGAUCAACAACAUGCUCCCACGAGGUCUUACCGGUUGCCCUGAGGACCAGAAACACCCAGGUGCUCGCCAGGAAGCCUCGACUGAGUGGCUCGCUGCACGAGGUCACGGUAACUCAGGACCCGACCGUUCCCCCGAAGGACGGUAA